GGUAUAAUUGACCUGGGGUCACGUCAACAUGGACGUUGAGUUGUAGACGUGGAAAUUAAAGACAGACAAUCAAGAUGAGACGCAACACAGUCACACUACUCAAGCUUGUUAUAGCUGCCAUAAUAUUUCUGGCUGCUGGUCCAGUAGCUCUAAAAUUUCUGUUUGGAGGGGGAGGAAAGAAAUAUGCUGACGAGUAUGUGGAUGUUCCACGAGGGAUGAUGCCAUUAGAACCAGGUCGUGCUGUUGAAAGGAUACAGGUAUCCAGGAAGAAAAUAGACUGGCAUAAUUACAAGCAGAUUGAGGAGGAUAAAGCUCGUGUUGGACCGGGAGAACAAGGGGCUGCUGUUAUACUGAGUGCAGAGGAAGAAAAACAGAAAGAUGACCUGUAUAAAGUUAAUGGCUUUAACGCAUUUGCUAGUGAUAAAAUAUCUCUACAGAGGUCAUUAAAGGAUAUAAGACAUCCUGAUUGCAAAGCUAAGAAGUACUGGAACAAACUGCCUAACUGUAGUAUAGUUGUGCCAUUCCAUAAUGAACAUUGGACGACUUUGUUACGACUUACAUACAGUGUGAUAAACAGGGCGCCAGCGGAACUAUUACAUGAGGUCAUCUUAGUGGAUGAUUUUAGCACAAAAAAAUUUUUGAAGGAUGAAUUAGACCACUACAUGAAAGAACACUUUGGAAAUAAGGUCAAGGUUGUACAUGCUGAAAGAAGAGAAGGUCUUAUUAGAACCAGAAUAUUAGGGGCCAAACAUGCUACAGGGGAUGUGAUACUAUUUUUAGAUUCGCAUGUGGAAGCAAAUAUUAAUUAUCUACCUCCUUUACUAGAUCCAAUAGCUGAGGAUUACAGGACAGUCGUUUGUCCGUUCAUUGAUGUAAUUGACUUUGAAAACUUUAACUAUCGAGCCCAGGAUGAAGGUGCUAGAGGGGCAUUUGACUGGGAGUUCUUCUACAAGAGGCUACCAUUACUACCAGAGGACCUGAAACACCCUGCUGAACCUUUCAAGAGUCCAGUUAUGGCAGGGGGAUUGUUUGCAAUCAGUAGAAGGUGGUUCUGGGAACUUGGAGGUUAUGAUCCCGGUCUAGAUAUCUGGGGUGGUGAACAAUAUGAACUCUCAUUCAAGCUGUGGCAGUGUGGUGGGAAAAUGGUGGAUGCCCCAUGUUCAAGGAUUGGUCACAUUUACAGAAAGUUUGCUCCAUUUCCAAACCCUGGCGUUGGUGACUUCGUUGGAAGGAAUUAUCGAAGGGUUGCAGAAGUUUGGAUGGAUGAAUAUGCAGAAUACUUGUAUAAACGUCGCCCGCACUACAGAAAUAUUGACACUGGGGAUCUCUCGGAACAAAAGGCUGUCAGAGAUCGAUUAAAGUGUAAAACUUUUAAAUGGUUUAUGGAGGAAGUAGCGUUUGACUUACCAAAAAUAUAUCCACCAGUGGAACCACCACCAUUUGCUAGUGGAGAGUUUAGAAGUGCAGCAGCAGCAUUGUGUAUAGAUACAAAGUAUAGAGGAGGCAAUGAAAACUUUAAAUUAGCAGAUUGUAUAAAAGAUGGUAAAGGGGGUGGAGAACAGGAUUUAGAGUUAACUUGGCAUAAAGAUAUACGUCCGAAGAAAAGAACAGUAUGUUUUGAUGUAUCAACCUCGGUCAGGAAAGCUCCAGUCAUUUUAUUUAACUGCCACGGUAUGGGUGGCAACCAAAGAUUUAAAUAUAAUUUGGAUGCACAACAAAUUUACCAUCCAAUUAGUAAUCAGUGUUUGGACUGUGAUACUGGCAGUCAAGAACUAUUCAUGAAUCCAUGUGAUAAAUAUUCCAAGACACAGCAGUGGCUCGUAGAGAAUAUCAAUCGAACAGCAGUGCGGAAAGACUGGGAUGAACCUUAAAAUUAGAUCUUGUGAUAUUUAGAUGUGUAAUAUACUUUAAAUAGGUGUUCAAAUAUUUAUACAGAGAGACAGAACUGUUAUAUUUCUCCUGCGGCUUUCAUAUGAAAUGGUAGAUAAGAAAAUGGGAUGUGUCCAUCCGUCCAGCAAGUGAAGUUUUAUCAUACAUGUGUCUGUUACUCUGUAUCAUGUUGUAUUAGAGUGCUAGUUAUUAAGGGCCAUUGUUGAAGUAUAAAUAUAGAAGUACACAGAUCUGUUUGCCAUGACUUUUAUUUGCACUUUUAGUUAUAGUGAUUUUUAGCAUGUCUGUUUCGAAGAAGUCAAUGUCAUGGUGUAAAAACUUUUAGGUAGCCCAUUACUCUGAUGAAACUUGAAAUGCUUGCUUAUCAUGACAAGGGGCAUCACUCUGAAAGCUAUAUUUUUGGAGUUAUGCCCCUUUUUAAAUUAGAUUUAUUUGUUACAGACAAGUAUUAACUAUUUUGCAUUGCUUUUGUUGUUAAUGGUCUUAAAAAUGUUAUUAUUUAAUAUUCUAUGUUUGGCAGUUUUAGAAGUUUUAGAAGUAGUAACAUAAUUUCUCCUGCAAUUUCACAAAAAAAAAACAACAGAAUUUAGUGAGUUGCAUCUUGUUUUCAAUUUGAUUAAAUGAUGGAUAUUUUUCUACACAAUUUUAAAAAAAAUACUGGCCAUAGUGAGACAUAUAUUGACAUAAUUAUGCCUUGUUUAAUGAUUCUUUCAUAAUUUUGUGUGCAUUAUGAUCUCUCUUUUACUUUUUCUUCAAUAUUAUG